AGAAGCUGCACUGAAAGGAAUUUAAACUCGUGAUAGUCAUAAGAGAACAGAUUAAAGAGGGGAAAAAAAAACCAAAUCAAGUCAAGGGGAAGAAAGCGGUAUAUGCCUUUAGCUAUCAGACAGAGUACAGGUCUGAAGGAGGUUUGAACAGGACCAAGAGCACAAAAUGCCCAGAAGAGAUCACCAGCCAGAUGGCAACUCUUUCAGAGGGAAAGGACACAGCUAUUUUGCAGCAGAAGAAGCUCUGGGUAUUGGAAUUUUCAUUUUGGUGCUGGCAAUUUUACUUAUCUUUGGCUGCUGGUACUACAAAAGACGCAGUGGCUACAAAAGUCUACAGAAGCUCUAGCAUGGGCAAAGUCCGAACUGUGGUAGGUGAGGGAACAAUACUGGACUGCAAAAUGGCUCUGCGGGAGUACAGAAACUUUAAUUCUGUGGUACCCGAUGCUCCACCAGCUUAUGACAAAAUUGAAGCAGAACAAUCGCCACCACCUUAUUCACCUUGAUAAUAAGAAAUCUUAAACUCUGUGCCUGCAAAUUAUUUUCUUCAUGCUUCCUCUUUACUUCUUGUACAUGCUAAACUUUCUUCACAGCUAAAACUGUAACAAAAAUCACAGGCUUUCAUUAGCAGUUGCUAAAACUGUAAUAAAAACCACAGGCUUUCAUUAGCAGUUGCUGAAAAUUAUUCCUGCUUAGUUUGCAGAAAUAGCUCUUGAAACAUUUUAAUAAAGCUGAAUGUGCUUUUGUUUUAAAUUUUUCAUUUCCUGUGGUCACAUUAAAACAGCAUGUCUGGUA